AUGGGCGUGGAGGGAGACUCAAACCUGCCCUCACCUUCUCCCACAGGUUCUCUUUUCUUCGGGAUAUCCCUGGAUUCAGAGUUUCCCUGGAAUUCUCCCCUGUUGGUUCCGCAGCCUGGAAGCGCAGAAAAACUCUCUAUAACUCAUAAAAGAAGUUAUAAGAGCAGGCCUCCAGAAUCCAUGGAUUCCCUUGUUUCCCUCUGCACCCACCGUGUCAUCGACAACCGCCCUCUUCCUGUCCUUCCCCCCCAUCUCUAUCAUGCUGUUUUCCAAGCGGCAUUCCUGGCUGGAAGAGCCCUGGUCCUGCAGGAUUUGGUGGCCACUUGGCCUUUCCCAGAGCUCCACUUCCAGCGGCUUGUGGGGAACCUGGAGCUGCCCGGGGAUCAUCCCUACAAAGACUGCAUCAAGGCCGUCAUCCAGGCUGUGGUAGAGCAGCUCCGGCAGGAGCUGGAAGAGCCCGGCCGCCAAUCCAGCAGGUUCCGGCUGCGUGUGCUGGACAUGACGGGAGUUCCGGAUGAUCCAGAAGAGAGGUGGUUCUAUUCCAGCACCAAGGCUUUGGCCACAGCUUGUGUGGAGCUGUCCAAGCACCAGCAGGAAUUCCAGAGGCACAAACCCGAGCGGCACAUCAGAUGCUCUGGAGCCACCGCGGCUGUGGCAGCACUGCAGCCCCCCAGCGUGGACGUGCUCAUCGACCUUCAUGUCAGCGAAAAGUGCUACGAGAUCCUGUACGACGCACUCCAGACCAGAGCCGCUGGCCCUCUGCGCCUCACGUUCCGCGAAUUCCAUUCAGACAAUAUUUCAGCAUCCAAGAUCGUGACUUUGUUGGAAUCUCUAGAUCCAUCCUGUCUGCGGAGGGUGGGUCUGUUCAGCAUCUUUAUUGGAUUUCCUAAUCUCUUGGAGAUCCUGCCGCACCUCUCGCGCUUCCCGGAGCUGCGCAGCCUGAAGCUGCGGGACAUCGACAACUGUGUGCAGAUCCAGACACCAGAAUCAGCCAGUGGUAUCCGCGACGUGGGCAGGCAACUGGGAUUGCUGUCCAGCCUCCUGGAGCUCAAUCUGACAGGCACCCAGCUCUCUGGGAAUCUGAGCCAGAUCCUCUGUGACCUCCAGACUCCAUUGGAAAGCUUGGAUUUGAGCUACUGCUCCCUCGUUCCCGCUGACCUCGUCUUCCUCUCCCAGAGCAUCCACCCUCCGGCCCUCAAAAGGUUGGAUCUGAGUGGCAACUACAUCUCCCAAGGUCUCCUGGAGCCACUCCGGCUGCUCCUGGAGGAAACCUCGGUCUCGCUGCUGCACCUGGAUCUCACAGAUUGCCACGUGGCCGACUCCCACCUGGCCGCGCUGCUCCCGACGCUCCUGCGCUGCUCCCACCUGCGCUUCCUGGGACUCUACCACAAUCCCCUGUCCAAGGCUGCAAUCAAGGAUCUGCUCCAGAAAACCUUGGAGCUGCUGCAUCUCCACCUGGUCAUGUAUCCCAUCCCCUUGGAUUGCCACACGGACGACCCGUCAGAAUUCGAUUGUGGUCACUUUCAUGAGUCUCUGGAUGAGAACCUUUUGUCGGCAGCUGAGGUGGAGAUUUCCCAGCUGCUGGCGGAUUCUGGGAGAGCCGACCUCAUCUGGACUGACAAUCCUGACAGCCAUGAAGCACCAGACUACUUCUCCUUGUGAUUUAGGAAAACCUUGGAGGUGGGAAAAGCUCGGAGCCUCCAUUGUAAAAAAUCGCUGCCGCCUCUUUCCCGAAAUCUGCCUGUUUUCCUCCUCAUCCUGGUGCCUCAUUCCAGUGGAUUUUUCCUUUCAUUUUGGUGCUUUUCUACUGAUGAUUGAGAGAGACAUGGAGACUACUGACUCGUGAUCAGAAUCCAAAUUUUACUGUGAGCUACAUAUGCACAUAUAUCAUUUUCAGAAAAGCCAGUCAUUUUGCACUUUGUUUAUUGGGUAAACUUCACACAGAUAAACUUUGCAUUUCUUUACAUUUCUAUUUAGUUAAAUCCUGUCGCCAGUCUUGAUCUGAUCUUCUUGUAAUCUUCAAAGCUCUGUUAGCUCUUGCCAAGACAUAUUGGUUAUCAAACUGCAUUUGCUAAUUGAAUCUACAAGGGCUAUCAGUCUCA